AUGGGUCCUACAAGCUCGCCGAUUUUGUCGCCGGUGGAUGCUGUCUUCAUGGAUGCAGCAGCCCCGCGCCGCCGGACAGCUCCGUGGCGCUUUGUCGUCGGCGCCGUUGCCGUCGUCGGCGCCAUUUGCAUCACGGUGGCCGCCAUUGCCGUGCACACGACCAAGGUUGCCAACCAUGCGGCGGACAUUGUGACGCAGAUCCAGCAAAGCCCUGGCCUCCGUGUGACAGUGACGGCCAAGCGUCCAAGCAUGGCCUUCCACGGGCACAUGAGCACCGAUAUUUACAUCGUGCCGCAUACUCGUCGUACGACGUCGGCACUGAGCUUUGACGCUUACAUGAGCCUUUCUGGCGCCGAGACGACGGACACGUACCUCCUCUUGGACAACCGCGCCUACACGUCGUCCGUCGCCGCGAACGGCACGCUGAUCUCGUCGGCGUGCGUGACAUCUGGGCUUCCGCCAGUACAGCUCUUGCAGUCCAGCCUCGCCGAUGCGACGCGCUUGGACGCCGUCGUCGGCACCGACACGACAUGCGACGGCGACUGGUUGCAACUAACGUUUGCGGGCGAGGCGUUUGUUUUUUGCAACGGCGCCAACCACCGCGUGACGCACGCGUCCGGUGUCGACAUUGACUUGAGCAUCGAGUACCUCGCCGAUCCGUCCUUGCUGCCCGAGUUUACGAUCCCCGUCGGAGUCAACUCGACGACGGUGCUCGAAUGCCCUAUUGUCGUGAGUUCUGCGACGACAUCGGCGGCCAGCGCAAGCAUGCUCUCGACGGCGUCGCAGGUGUGGACCGCUGCGACGGGGGCACCCCGUGUUGCGACGAUUGAGAGUGCGUCGUGCGGCUGCAAGAUGGCCAAAAAGCCGUGCCUUUUUGUCCACGGUGCCGGCAACUACUUUAACGCGUCGCUCUCGGACAUCUUUCUCUUUGAGUGGGGUCUCGUUCACUUUCACGCUCCGUGCUGCUCGUCAAUCAAGUUUGCGCACUUUGAAACGUGGUUCCGUGGUUGGGAAGAAGAGUCUCUGCAUGACCAGUUUUGCGACGCCGCGCUUCAUGUCUCCAAGGCAAAGCCCAACUCCACGUCGAUCGACAACCUACUUCUCGUGACCUUCUCGAUGGGCAACCUCGUGGCCUCGGGGGCCGUCGCGAGCGGCAAGUGUUCGUUUGGACGCGACUUGACGUGGGUCUCGAUCGCGGGCCCGAUGCAUGGCAGCAAGACGGCCAACGCCCUCGAGCAAAAGUGCAACGCCAACAGCGGCUGGGACGUACCGAUCAAGUGGCUUUUCAGCGCCGUGACGCUGUGCCCGAUCACCAAUACAUUUCGCAACCUCCAGCACAAGUCAUCGCUGCCACCGGCCUUGCAGGCCAAGUACGACGCGGCCCAAGCCGUCCGCCGCGCGCAUGCGACCAAGCUCAUUUGCGGCACGAGCCCCAAGGGCCUCACCACCAUAUUCUCGGGCUUUAUGCAAUGGGCAAGCGACCAGUCCAACCAUGGUGACGUCAGCGACGGCCUCGUCGCGUUUGAGAGCUGCAGCGAUGGCUUUGGCGGCUUUAGCACGAAUUAUGCUGACGGCGCCAACUACAAGCCUGCCGUGAACCACCUCGACGCAAGCUUUCGCAGCGGUGACGGUUGGUGGGGUGCCGAUCGCAAGCCGCAAAAAUGGUUCGAGUGCGCCUUGUAG